AUGGCCGAAAACACAGACGACGAAAUCAAGGCUGAUGCGGAUGUCGACAUGGGAAUAACUGACGCCGAGACUACUGCCAACCAUGCAGAAGGCAAACACUCCGUUGCAGUUCCCGCCACCGUCGACCUCACCCAAGAUGUUACAGACGCGGAAGGUGAAGAUGAUGACAUAUCCGAUGAUAAUGAUUCGGACGAGUUUGAAGACGAGGAACUAGUGGGUAUUAAGGACUGGAAGAUUGACUCGCGUAACUACACCCGGAAAAUCGUUCACGCAUUUAUGCAAAGCCACGAAAAGAAUACCGUGAUUCAAAUGAACAUUCGUCCGCUGGAGGGCGAAAAGGACUUUCAAUCCUGGUACUACGCCAUGGAACUACAGCUCCGACUUCAUGAUCUGUGGGAGGUUGUCGAAAAUACUCUGACAGUGUUGCCACCGGGUGAUAUUCUGUACCGAGAUUACCAGAAUAUGAAGGACGUCGCGUGUGGCGUGAUCUUCAAGCAUGUCUCGCAGCCUGUGCGAGAGACCGAGUGCUUUCUUCGUGCGCUUCGCGAGCGUGAGCCAUCCUGCGUCAUGGCUCAUCUUUUCAACCACUACUGGAAGCAUGCAGAUUCCUCUCUUCAAGUCGAUUUGUAG